CCGGUCGCGCGACGCGUUUUCCGCGGACGGCGAACGGGGAGGCGCGAUGAGGUCGAUCCUGAUCACCGGUUGCAACCGCGGUCUCGGUCUGGGACUGGUGAGGCACCUGGCCGAGAGGUCAUCGUCGCCACCGGAUAUGAUCUUCGCGACCUGCCGUGACGCGAGCAGGGCUCCGGAAUUGCGAGCACUCGCCGACAAGUCGUCAAACAUACAUAUUAUCGAGAUAGAUUUAACUUACACGGAUGACUACAAAAGAAUCGUAGAUACAGUCAGUGAAAAAGUAAAUGGUGCCGGUCUCAACGUUCUUUUUAAUAACGCUGGUAUUUCCAGCAAAUUCACACGUCUCGGCCUUGUGAAGAAACAGCAAAUUAUAGAUGCUUUUCUAGUAAAUACCGUCGCACCUAUUAUGUUUACAAAAGCUUUCUUACCACUACUGAAAGUGGCUGCGAAAAAUGCCAAGGAUAAAACCGAAUUAAGCGUAAGAAGAGCAGCUGUCAUCAAUAUGACUUCUAUUUUAGGUAGCAUUACUGAAAAUAACGACGGUGGUUUUUAUCCCUACAGAUGUAGUAAGGCGGCACUUAAUGCGGCAACCAAAUCGAUGAGUAUCGACUUAAAAACAGAUGGGAUUUUGGUGACAUGUUUACAUCCUGGAUGGGUACGCACUGAUCUAGGUGGCAAUAACGCUCCAAUGGACAUCGAUACUAGCGUUAAUAAUAUUUUAAAUACAUUAAACUCAUUGACAGAGAGGCAUACUGGUUGUUUUGUCCAAUAUGAUGGUAAAAUACUCCCUUGGUAAUAAGGUCAAAUAAAAUUUUUACUGAAAUAAAA